CAAAUAUUAAAAUUAAUAACAAGUAAUUUAGCAAUGAAAAAGAAAAAUAUGGAAUUUUACAAGAUGAAUAUGAAGAACAACUUUUCAAAGAAGAAUUACAAUAAGCUGGGUGACAAGUUUGAAGAAUAUAACAAUUUCUACCAGAAGAAAAUAGACCAGCUAAAAUAAGGAGAUUAGCUACAACCUAACCAAAUCAAGCGCCCAACCAUAUGUAAACUUCCCGAAUAUCACCAAGGAUGCUUCCCUCAUCGAUUUCAAGAACCAAAACUCUAAGUCAAAGAAUAAGGGGAACAAGAGAUUUCAGAAGAACCUGGAUAGCUAUGCUUAUAUUCUCAAUUCAAAGAAUAUACAGAAGUCAAUGAGAGCGAGAGCUUAUAGGCAGGCUCACCAUAGUGUAUCACCCAAGAAACCUGUGAAGCAUCUUAAAGACUCAAAGGUAAAGCCAGAUAGCUUCUGAUUCGAUUCUAAAGAUCAAGCUUCUUCUGUAAAUCUAAAAAAGAUGAAACGCGAAGAAAAUCUUGAAGAAAUCAAUCACCUCAACAGUGAAGGGCUAAAUUUUCCAAAGAGCAUCGAGAAUAUCAUCAAAAAGCAUGAUCAAGAAAAGACAAAGAUGCUUGAAAAAUACAAAGGUAAAGGUCUGAGGCAGCCUAUGAAUUACUACACAUCGAAGAACCUUCAUUCUGCUGGGUUUCAAGUAAAGCAUAGGGUUAACUCAAGACAUUACUCUCAUAAUAAAAAUGCUUGCAAGCCUUCUGACAACGCUUCGCUGAGUGAUAAAAACAUAUCGAUAGAAAAUAGUCAGAAAUAAUGCUAUUACUAAAGUAUCGACAGCAAAGAAAUGUGAAUCCUUAAGAAAAUCGCCAAAUAAAGUGGUGAUUGAUAAGAACAAUAUCUCUGAUUUUGUCAGAGAGUGCAAAUCGUCAAGCCCCAAUCGUUCAGUAUACAUUAAGUCUGGGGGAGCAGAGAAUUUAGUCAAAGAAAAUCAGAGAAAUAACUUAAAGCUAGUGAAAAUACCUCAGAAGCUUGAAUCUGAUCUCACUCUCCCAAACAUUACAAAAACCCAAGCCGACAACUCAGAGAGUAUCCGUCAUCUUGCUUCAGGAGGAAUUCCAGAAAGUUCAAAGAUUGAUAAUCCAAACCGGGAGAGGAAUCUUUCAAUGAUAAAGAAGAAAUUUUCAAAAGACCUUGAUUCCAAAAUAAAUAAACAAGAUUGCUAUUAUUUGCCAAAACCACGAAGGAAGUCAUUGUCAAAGUUUAGAGUCGAGAGAAAGAGUCAGCCUCAUUAUAGGGCGAGUCCAACCAGGAUCAGGAGAUUUAAAAGCCCUGCAUUCAAAAAGUCUCAGAUAAAGUUAAAAGAUUAUUUUAAGAAUAAUUCGAAGAAAGAUAUCCUCAAUCUCACUGCUGUGGAGGGUCCUGAUGAGAGAGACACUAGUAUUGCGAAAGAAGAGAAUAAAGGAUCAGCCAAAGGUGUGCAUAAAUACGAAGAUUUUGAACAAAUUGCCACUAUCUCCAGGGGCUCAUUCGGCAUCAUCGAGCUUGUAAAGCACAUUCGGACACAGAAGCCUUUUGUGUUUAAGAAAAUACCUCAAAUUAAGUUAAUGAAAGACAAACAAAUAGAGCAUUUGAAAAAUGAAAAGAAGAUCUGCCUUAAUAAAGAAAUCAGCAGAGAUUUCUUAAUCCAGUGAUAUGAUACUUUUCAAAACACAGAAGACCUGUACUUUGUCAUGGAGUUUCUACCCGGAGGAGACCUUCAUGACCUUACCAAAAAUGUUGCUUUUGCCUCUCUUGAAAAGGUCAGGUUUUACUUUUCGGAAGUUAUCCUAGCAAUUGAGGAACUACACAAGCAUAAUAUUGUCCACAGAGACAUCAAGCUAGACAAUAUCCUUAUAGCCUCAGAUGGUCAUGUUAAGCUCAUUGAUUUUGGAUUCGCAAAGCAGCUGCAAGACGACACAAGCAAGACAAAGACUAAGUGAGGAACUAUUAAUUACCUCUCACCAGAAGUGAUCAGAGGAGUAGGAUCUGACCUUCGGUCAGAUAUCUGGUCUCUAGGUGUUCUGUUAUGAGAAAUGAUAGGAGGAUUUAGUCCUUUCCGUUCUCCUGAUCCUCAGACACUGUAUGAGAACAUCUUAAAACUGAAUAUAACUUGGCCAAGAAACAUUGAUAAAAUUUCAAAAGAUUUGAUUUCCCAGAUGCUGGUUUGAGAGCCAGAGAUGAGGCUGCCCUUAACUUCCAUAAAAGAGCACUUAUUCUUUAAAAAUAUAGACUGGGAAGCUCUUUCUAACAGGAAGGUAUCUCCACCCUUUGUCCCAGAUUUGGAGGAUGAGUUCUCACUAGAAUACUUCAAGAAUGAUAAAAAAUUAGAGAUUUAUAAAAACCCUCUGUAUGAAUUUGACCAGAAGGCAGGUCUCAGCACGAAGGAAUGUGCUUCUCCUGAAUUUGAGAAGAAAUUUAGCAAUUUUUAACCCAUU